AUGUCCCAUGCCGCCAUAGUAACCAAGAUCCCUGAGCGUUUUGACGGUGCUCUCAAAAGCGGCGAUCUCUUAUUCUUUCCCUCUACCGUAGCUAAGCACGUUGAUUCUGACGUCGAGUAUGAGAUUCGACUCUGCCCGGCACUGCAGCACAAACCAGCCCUUCCGACACCUCACUUCGACGCAGGCGCUUCGGAUACUGGUAUCGCUGUGCAGGGAGCUAAUCGAAAGUUGAAGACCUUCGACCCGUUUGCGCCCCCAUAUAACCCCAACCUGUACGUUGCUGACUUGAAAGACCAGGAAACCGAAGAGAACUAUGUUGUUCUUCUGAACAAGUUCUCUGUUGUCCCACAACACUUUUUGCUUGUAACCAAAGACUUCAGAUCGCAAGCAUCGCCGCUGAUGCCUUCGGAACUCGUCCAGACCUACCUCUUUCUACUUGCCGCGCGUAAACUAGGGAAGCAGUUCUUUGCAUUCUACAAUUGUGGAGACAACAGCGGCGCAAGUCAACCCCAUAAGCACAUUCAAUUCCUACCUUUGGAUGAUGCAAGAGGCCCUCCAAUCGAGAAAUUGGCUCGAGACGCUCAGCUAGAGUUCGCAGAUAGACCUUUUUCUUUGAACAAGCUAUCCUAUGCGAACCAUUGCUACCGAUUUCCGUAUCAAAUGGAUACAUACCCACCGGAGAGACUGGAGCACAUACUAGCCGAUGCGUUCCUCCGACUCCUUGACCUCUCGAUAUCCACUAUACGACAUGAUCCAGAUUAUCCGCAAGGAAGUCCUUCCUACAAUGUGAUCAUUACACUGGAGCAUAUCCAUGUUAUACCUCGGCGGCAGGAGAAUCAUACCCUACAGGAGACGGGUGACAAGCUGAGCAUCAACGCGCUUGGGUUUGCGGGAAUGCUGCUUGUCAAAAGCGAGGAGGAGUUGGAGGCUGUGAAAAAAGAAAGCGUCAGCCAGAUUCUGCAGGCUGUCGGGCUGAGGAGUGUGCACGAUAUUCAGGUAGAAGGUACAGCCCAUGAGACACCUCUCGCUGGGCACUUGUAG